GAGAGCAGAUUUCGGGGGAAAGCAUUUCUUUCACUUCUAUGCGCAGUACUCCUUUUAAUUCAAUUUCACGUUUGUUGUCCUUGUUUGUCUUGCGAUGUUUUUCUGCUACGUGAUUCUCCCGAAUACCAAUCAAUGUUAUUGCGGUAUUGAUUGAUAUUCACACCUUUAUCAUUUUUCUUCUGAUUCGCUACGCCCACCCAUUCAUCAGUCCUUUAUACUUUGGAAAGGUCGCCCAUCACAUUACGACUUAAAACGGUGACGUCCAAGGCAUUGAUUUUGGCCUUAGAAUUACAUCACCACUCGAUAUCGGUGCUCUACUGUUGGCUGUACUACAAAAGUCUGCUCACGUUGGAUCUACGCUUCUAGACCAGGCCUGAAUCCACAAUCAUGACAACCACCAUAACCACGAGAUUCAAGAACACUAUUUCACAUUCAGCAAGAGCAGACGACAGCGACAAUGCAUCACCCAACCUCUCCUCAACCUCUUUGGUUUCGCCUCCAAGAAAGAAAAAGAGGGAGUUAAACACAUUAUCUGGCAUUAUUACAGCUAAAUUUACCCAACGUUUCACGCGCUUCCUUGACCUACCAACUGAACUACGACUAAUUGUCUGGGGAUAUGCAUUUCCCGGUCCUGUCGUUCACGAAUUAUACCCCAGCUGUCCGACCAGCUCACCUUAUAACUUCAAAACAAAACUUCGAUCAAACAGGCGGCGAAUUCCUGCACUUUUGCAUGCAAGUCAUGAAUCACGAGGAGUCGCUUUGAACCAUUACUGUCUAAUGGCAUACGAUCCGCCGCCGGUGACAGAGCCCCGCGAGGCUGUUGCUGGAAUCACGCCGUUUUACUUCAAUCCUGCAAUUGAUACACUAUUCCUAAAUUGUGUGGCAUCAAUAUUUCUCGACGUGAGGUGGUUUUUACUUGAUGAAACACCGAAAUCAAUUGCGCCGAUGAAAAAAUGGAAGAACGUAGCAUUGGACAGUUUACAUAUGCGAUUUGUGGCAGUGGUUGCGAGCGACCUACCAACACCACAACAUAGGAUUCGAGAGUUAUUCCCAGAUCUGGAAAUAUUAAGUAUUGCGGUUGACAGUAGGAAUAGUGCUAGAAGAAGAUUAAGAGCGAGUUUAAGGCCAGGGCAUGCGACGGAGCUGGUUACUGUAGGUGUGGAUGAUGUGGAGGGAAGUGAUGAGAUUGGCGUAUAUUUUGAAAAGGAUUUUGGCAUUGACCACCGCAAUACUGGAGCGAGUUCGACAACAAAUUUGGCGGCGAGCGUUACCAUCACUGAGGUAGACGAUGACGAGGAUGACAUUCAAGAGGAACAAGCGGAGGAUAAUAGGAUGCCGGAAUUAAGGAUGUGCAAAGUUAAGAGAGAUAGGUUCUACGUAGGUCUGAAACAAGACUUCGUUUACUCCUAUGUAGGAGCUAUACAAUUACUGAGAGCUGCACGCAGAAGAAUACUUAGAAGAGGUAGAUAG